AUGUUGCGCACUUCCUGUGCCAUCAGACCAACCCUGCGUGACGGCGCCAAUGGCGCUGCUGCAACAGCCCCAGUGGAGCUAUUGAGCGAUGUCUACUUGUGCGUCUCUUCGCCUCGAGUGACCGAAGAGUGGGUGGGGUGGCCUGACACGCCAUACGUGGUGGCUGGCAGCACGCGGCACGCCAUCGACCCGCGAGGCGCACUGUCGUCGUGUGCCCUUGGAGAGCCAUCGGGGUCACGUGCCGGCUGUGCAAGAGCGCAGGUGAUUGCUGAAGCGGAUCCAUCACCGGCGCUGCCCAGCGUCGUCCCCCUUGGCGUGCUGUGCCGCGCGUACGAGGCAGCAGACGAGCGCAGUGGGAAUGCCUUCUUACAGGUCUACCCUGUUGGUGCUCAUGGGUUACUGUCUCCAGAGGCCAAGUCUAUGAUAGUUGGGUGCGUCAUGGCGGUGCUGCGAUCGCGGCUGUCGUGCCUGCUGGGGCUCCUACCGCAGAUGCACGUGAACGGGGGAAAAUCCAUUUUGAACAGGAACACGGUGGCGGUACUGAAUGAGUACUGUUGCGCAUCUGCCGCCCUACCACGGCCAUCGACGAGUGCAUUGCAGGGCCAAUGGGGCACUGGCAAGGAUGGCGGUGACGUGCACGGUCAUGCCUGGGUGGUGACAUGGUCAUUGGAGCUUGUUCUCUCUGUGGCCGCGUCGCUCAUCGAAGCGGGGCCGCCGCUGCCCACGGCGUGUCCGGCACUGUGCGCGAGCGACUGUGGUGAGGUCAUAAAGACCUCGUUGCGCUUCGGCCUCGGUGUACCACUUCAGCGCGACGCUGCUGCCAACUGCGAUGCGAAAACUCUCGCCUCCCCUGUAACACACACGUUGUCUGCAGAGGAGCACUCGUGCUACACUACCCUCUCCGUGCAGCUCACGGAGUGCAGACUGGCAUCCUCGCAUCCGCUGGAUGUCCGCCACGCUGUCGAUCUCGCGAAGCUCAUCUACGUUGGUCAUAUUUGUCCUGCGCAAGCGCACGUUGAGGACGGCACGGAUGCAUUCCGGCGACUCACCCAGUUUGCAGGCCGAGUGAGCUCUCCGCCGCAGCUGUCAGCGGCGCGAGAUGCUUGGGGGGAAGCACUGCACGCGUAUCAGUCCAGCGCCAUCCGUGCGCAGGAGGGUGUACUGUUUGUCCUGACGCACGACGUGUCGGUGCAGUCCGGACCGGCCGCCCUUCUCCCCUUGACUGCGCGGGAGGAGCUAAGCCGCUCUCACGCCGCUGAGAAGUCGCAUGACGUGACUUUGCCGUCGACUCUGCGCGGCCACGUCCUCGCCUCCAUUCGUGUGCGGAGUGCGCCAGCGUACCUCAACCACGUUCUUCUCUGCCAAGCGUGGUCUUCGGAUGACGCGAUUACUGAGGCCUAUGCACACUACUGGGAAGACAAACUUACGAGCAGUGGUGCUCUGACGCCUGCUCGCGCUGCCGUACAGUGGAGGACGUCCCUGCGCGUCUCGACGCCAAAGGAUGGGGAGGCCGCUGCGUCGGAUACAAGUGGUGGCCAGACACUGUCCUCGACCCCGCUGCAGUGGGUCCUGUACACUGUCCGCCGUCAGCUCGUCGUUGCUGUUGCCAACCGGUCGCAAGCCGUUCUGACAGGACGACGACUGGGGCUCGACAGCCCUGCUGCACUGGUGACCAGCAGCGUUGCUCAUUUCACACCGUCUGCACUCCGGGCAUUGGCGGAGCAGUGCGUCAAGGCACUCCCCAUCGCACUUGGGCUACUGGGGUGGCACUGUCCAUGGCCUGUGCCGUCGUGUCUGCAGAUCACUGGCACCCCCACUGCAGUGCCGUCCGCCGCUGCAGUGGAGGAGAUGUUGUGGACGCUGCGCAUCUUGGGGAAGCUCCGGUGGAGAGCGGCACAGCUGUAUGAGGCGGCUGGCGACUCGGCCGAGCAGCAUCGGCAGUUGCGGGCUCUGCGAGACGACGUGCAUCGCUGGUCGUCGCGUCGCCAUGCACGGACGCGGGCGGCUGAUGGCACCACCCUAGCAAUGGAAACUGCUGUGCGGACGCCCACUGUGGAAGAUGUUGUGUGCCACAUAGACGACAGCGAAUGGAGUGCGCUGGUCAAAGAGUUAUCGAGCAUGUUGCCGCCUGCGUAA